GAAGGCAGCGAAGAAAAGGAAAGCGACGGGAAAGUGAAGGAAAGAGCGAAAGAGACAAAGACGAAGGCAAAGGCGAAGGAGAGGCUGAGCGGCGGCGACGCGCUGCCCCGACAGGAGGCGCUGCACCUCAUCAACACCGACAGGGCGGGCCAAGCCGACCUGUCUGCGGCGCUCGCCGAGAAGGCGUUGCAGGAGGGCAAGGACAAGUACUUCCUCACCGAGCUGGGCGCAUCGACCGGCGCGCUGGUGGGUGAUCGAACGCUACCAGUCUUGAGCUUGCCACCACCGGGCCUCUCCAGCAGCGUCAGUUGUGGCCAAUUGGUGCCAUCGUCGCCGUCUCCCUCGCUGCCGCUCCUGUCGUCCUCGGCAUCGCUUUCGUCGCACUCGUCUCUGUCUCCUUCUUCGCCGUUCUCCGCCUCGUCGCCGUUCUCUUCGCCGGCCUCGGGCGGAUCAUCGAACUUGUUCGUAGCGCGCGGCAUUCCGCCCAUCCUGCCGUACCUGGCCAUCAUCCUGCGAGAUUUUAUAGCGGUGAGCGAGGGUAAUGCGGCGUAUACGUCCGAGGGCUGGAUCAAUUCGCACCUGAUCGAUCUCCAGUACCAGAUCGUGGCCGAGCUCAAGAACUUCCAGGCCAACUCCUACUCCCUGCCGCGAAAGGACUCGGCGCGCCGAUACCUGGAAACGCUCCAAUACGAGGACGAUGACGACGUGCUGUACAGCAUGUCGCUGAAGAGCUGCCCCAUAGCACAACCGCUGGAAGGCCUGCCACAUGAGGAAUCGAGCCUCAACCCAGACACGGCGCAGGAGUACUUCGAGGCCGCGAUGAAAAGCGACACGGUGUCCGAGGUGCUGAGUAGGGAAGACAACGCGUCGACCGUGACAGCAGCUCUGCAGCCCCGACCGAUGGUGCGCGAGCGCAACGCCAGCAUCGCCUUCUACGCCAUGUUGAGCCAGGGCACCGCUGGCAUGCUGGAGCGGGAGAUGUACCACCUCAAGGUGUACGACACGUCCAAACCAGCGCCGUCGCCGUCGCCACUGUCAUCUUCGUCGCCGCUAUCGCGCAAUAUGUCCAGCGGCAGUUGCAUCGUUUUCAAGGGGCACACCGCCGAGCCGUGGAACACGGAGAUCGUGCUUUCGAGCGCGAGCGAGUCCGACAGCCAACCGCUCGAACUGUCGACGCCGGACACGAGCGACCGCGACGAACGCGAGGGCUCCCUCAUCAUCGGCGGAAGCGGCAGCGGGGUCCACGAGUCGCUGUCGUCGGCCCUGCUGGGCGUUGCUGCCGGCGGCCACAGCAAGGGGCGGCCGAAGAGCCUGCAGCCCUGGAGCUCCGGGGAGCUCGACGUCGCCGGCGGGUCGUCAGCGUCGAGUCUGCGCGACCGAAGUAACAGCGCGACGACCGAGCAGCAGAAGCAGCACGACGACGAACAGAACCGGCGACGACGGGGGCAGCUGCAAAAGAAAAGAAACGCGAAGAACAAAAGCGGAAGCGGCCAAUGUGUGCAUCAAGCGCACCACGCGCGCGGGCGCCACAAGAACGAGCGGACCGGCAGCUUUGAUGACACUACGCUGCGGGCCAGCGGUGGCCACGACUCUGACGGCGAUGACGGCGAUGACGACGACAUCGACGUGAUUCGAGAGCGACCAGCCCAGGUGGAGGAGUCGAGCGACGACGACCAGCGUGCGGCGCUGACUGGAUCGCGGGGCGGCUCCAAUGGCGGCGGUGCCAAGAGGGUCAAGUCGCUGAAGCACCUCAAGGAGCGCAUACUUUCGUUUCGCGGGAAGGUCGACCUGGGCAGCAGUAGCGGCGGCAGCGGCGACGGAAGCAGCCCGCACCACCAGCACCAGCGAUCCAACUCGACCGGUACCACCUCGCUGCCCUCGCCCACGCCUCAAUCGAUCGCCCGCGAUCAAUCGAGCUCCACCACCAGGACCUCGUCCACCUCUUCUACCACGCUGCCCUCGCCUCCGGGGGCAGCGGGCGGCAGUGACGCGGCGCCGACGCCAACUGAGAGCGACAGUGACACUGCCCUGCCGAACAACAACACCAACACCAGCACCAACCAGAUCGCCGCGGCCACGACCAAAGAGCAGACAAAGACGAUGAGGAAGAAGAAGAGGAAGAAGCAGGGCCGCAAGGCGAAGGCUCCCGCCGCCCAGGGCACCACCAGCGGCAGCAAUCAGGCCACCGCCACGUCCUCCCCGCGGGCGCAAGUGAUGCCGCUGGUCGCGAAUCGGCCAGCGGUGGUCACACGGGACCGACAGGGCAGUGUGGCUUUCUACGCGGCGCUCGGUCAGGGCGCGAGCGUGCUCCUGGCCGAUAGCGUCUACAAGCCCUCGACAUCGACGUGA